AUGGAGUGUUUCCAAAUUCCGGUUGAAGCUAACGAUUCCACAUACGUGUGCCUUGAAAAUGAUUUAUUGAAUGCCAACAAAAGAGUCUCCCUUCAAGAUCGAUUCAGAGCACUUUUUACGCUCAAGCAUUUGGCUAAUGAUCGAAGCGUUGCGAUCAUCAGCAAGGCUUUUGCUGAUAAUUCAGCUCUGCUAAAGCACGAGCUUGCUUACGUUUUGGGACAAAUGCGGCUAACGUCGGCCGUUCCCACGUUAAUUGAGGUGCUGCAAAAUAAAACCGAAAAUCCUAUGGUCCGCCACGAGGCUGCAGAAGCCAUGGGUGCCAUUGGAGACAUAUCCUGUCUGCCCAUCUUGCAUUCUUUCGCCAAUGCUGAGGAUGAGAAUGUGUCGGUAAAAGAAACAUGCUGCCUUGCCAUUGAUCGGCUGCAGCGGAUAGGGGAUCAUAGCCACCCUGACCAUGGCCCGCUAAUAUCUCCACCGGUGCUUCCAUUUGCAUCAAUUGAUCCGGCGGUGCCGUCUAUUGCUUCCCCAACGAUGGACGACAUCCCAAAGCUAGAGGCUACACUUAAUGAUGAAUCGGCAAGUCUUUACGACAGGUAUGCUGCCAUGUUUGCUUUACGAAAUGCCGGAGUGAUUGGAGCAACAGCUUCUUCUGAGGAGAUCUCGCUUGCUGCCGUUGAGGUUCUUUGCAAUUCGCUCGUGUCUGAUAAGAGUUCUGCGCUGUUUAGACACGAAAUUGCGUAUGUUUUGGGACAACGUCAACAUCCGGCAUCUSUAUCAGCCCUAUCCACAAUACUUGGGCGCAUUGAUGAGCUUCCAAUGGUGCGUCAUGAAUGUGCCGAGGCCCUUGGUGCUGUUGCAACCGACGAAGCUUUAGAGGCACUUAGGCCAUUUAUCAACGAUCCUGAGGAUGUUGUCAGAGAAAGCUGUUUGAUUGCACUGGAUAUCCUUGAAUAUGAACAGUCAAAUACUUUACACUACGCAGAUGGGCUGCUCAAGGCGGCGCAAAAGACACCCAAGGAGCUUAAGGAGGCUAGCUCCAUUUUUUAA